AACUAACGACCAUCAACAGGCGACUUUCAGAACAGCACCAGACGCCGAUGGGCCUGUCAACGCCUCGCGCUUCCAUGCGAUAAUCAUACUUCAAUGGCGCCGUCUAAUCCGCUAGCUAAUUGGGAAAGGCUAGGGACGAGCUUCUACAGGAAGGUUCCGGCAUACUACUCGGUCUUUGAUGACGAUGUUGAGUUAGAGAACUACAUUGUUGUUGGAGCUCCGUAUGGAGGUGCUAUCGCUCUGUAUCGUGAUGAAAGCAAGCCUCUUAGAUUCCGAGAUGCUCAAACGUCAAAGUCGAACAUUGACAUUUACUCCCGGUCAGGGAAGCUGAUAAACCGGCUUAAUUGGGAGCAUGGCGCUAUUAGAGGCCUUGGAUGGUCCGACCAGGAGGAAUUACUGGUCAUCACAGAAGACGGCACUGUCCGUCGCUAUUUCGGCUUGUACGGUGACUUUACCUCAUUUUCACUGGGUAAUGGCGCUGAAGAGUACGGAGUGAGGGCAUGCCGGUUCUGGAACUCUGGCUUUGUGGCUUUACUAGCCAACAACCAGUUGAUCGCCGUCUCUAAUUACAACGAGCCCCGGCCUCGACUCCUAGCACAGUGCCCGGAAGGGGAGGUCGCUUCAUGGUCGUUGAUUCCUCCGGCAUACACGCUCUCUCGCUCUGUUGAGGUCUUAUUAGCUGUCGACAAGACGAUCUAUCUCGUCGAUCCUACAGAAGCUGAGGACAAGGUGCUUCAGAAUGGCCCGUUCAAGCACGCCAGUGUGUCACCCACAGGGCGAUUUGUCGCUUUAAUCACCGCGGAAGGCAAGGUUUGGGUGGUCAGCAGCGACUUUCAAAGCAAAUACAGCGAAUAUGAUCCAGAAUCACGAGUUACGCCCCGUGCCGUUGAGUGGUGUGGUGAUGAUGCGGUUGUUAUCGCCUGGGAGGAUGAAGUUCAUCUUAUUGGGCCGAACGGUGCGGCUGCAAGGUACUAUUAUGACGGUGCUGUUCAUGUUUUGCCGGAAUUCGACGGUGUCGGGUUAAUCACAAAUGAUACAUAUGAGUUCCUGCAUAAGGUUUCAGACGUAACCGAAGCUAUUUUCCGCCUUGGAUCUACAUCACCGGCAUCUGUCCUUCUGGACUCCAUCGAUCUCCUAGACAAAAAGUCUCCCAAGGCUGACGACAAUAUCCAGCGAAUCAAGGCGAGCCUACCAGAAGCCGUGGAUACAUGUGUCAAGGCUGCCGGAAUGGAGUUUGAUGCCCAUUGGCAAAAGCGGCUCCUAAAAGCAGCCUCUUUUGGAAAGUCAGUCUUGGACCUGUAUAACAGCGAUGAGUUUGUCGAGAUGACAGAGAAACUGCGGGUCUUGCACGCUGUACGAGACUUUCAAAUAGGUCUCCCGGUCUCACAUGAGCAGUACAUGCGCUUGACUCCGGAAAAGCUAGUCGAACGGCUAGUGAGCAGGCGUGAGUACCUGCUUGCAAUCCGAAUCUCCGAGUACCUCCAACUGCCCGCGGAUAAGAUCUACGUCCACUGGGCGAGUCAGAAAGUCAAGGUUUCCACCGUCGACGAUGAAGCAGUCUGCAAGCUGAUUGUGCAAAGGCUGGAUGGAAAGCCGGGUAUAUCCUUUGAGGUGAUCGCGCAGGCGGCCUAUGACGAGGGCCGCUCACAUCUUGCAACGCAACUUUUGAACCACGAACCGCGGGCCGGGAAACAGGUUCCGUUGCUGCUUAAUAUGGAGGAGGAUGAGAUUGCCCUGGACAAGGCUAUUCAGAGUGGAGAUGACGACCUAGUCAACUACGUGCUUAUGCAACUGAAAAGCAAACUCCCGCUUGCGAGCUUCUUUAGGAUGAUAAACACGCGUCCGAUGGCAUCGGCACUUGUGGAAACAACCGCUCGCACAGCUGACACUGAGCUGCUCAAGGACCUCUUCUAUCAAGACGACAGGCCCCUCGAUGGCUCCAACGUACUACUUUCAGAAGCUUUGCGGGAAGCGGAUUUGCCGCGCAAGCAGGAGAAGCUACAGCUAGCCUCUCGGCUGCUCGCAGAUUCCAAAGAUCCAACGCUUGUACUCCAUCAAAAGCUUCUGGUGGAGUCAUCGCAACUACUAAAGGUCCAAGAGGCGUUGGAUAAAGACCUGGCCGAACGAUCCGAAUACGUCGGCCUAAGUCUGAAUGAGACAAUCUACAGACUAGUCAGAUCAGGCUACGGCAAGCGUGCACAGAAGAUCCAGAGUGACUUUAAAAUGCCGGAGCGAACAUAUUGGUGGCUGAGAUUAAGAGCUUUAGUGGCCAAGCGGGACUGGGGUGAGUUGGAGGAUCUCGGCAAGGCUAGGAAAUCUCCAAUAGGAUGGGAGCCUUUCUAUAACGAGAUUUUGGGCGCCGGAAACACAAAGCUGGCCUCGGUAUUCGUUCCGAAAUGCACCAACCUGACUUCUGAGGAGAGGAUUGAAAUGUGGGUAAAAUGCGGACUUAUCGUCAAGGCUGGAGAGGAGGCCUUCAAGGCGAAAGAUCUCAAUGCCCUCGAGCUUCUCCAAGGCAAGGCUUCCGGUGGUGCGGCUGUCGAGAUUGGUCGGAUGAUCAAUCAGCUUCGGCCAAAGAAGUAG